AUGUCUGCACCAGGGCCAACUCUUCCCCCAACGCCGCCGAUGCCUAUUGACGAGUUACCUGCCAUGCCUAACCCGGUCCCACCGGUACCGGAAGAAGUCUCCGUGGCAAGUACGUCAACCGCGCCUGCCGCGGCGCUCGCUGCCAUCGGAGGCGACCAAAAACGUCCCAGUCCGUACAGGCAGGUGUUCCCGGAUCUCGUACAGGCCUACAGGAGAAGAGGAUACCAGGAUGUUGUGAGACUUGCUGAGGAGACUGAAAUUUCGUAUCCGACCAUGAAGGAACGCCCCACGCGUGUGUUGAUCACAAUACCCCUCGUGCUUUCUUAUCUAUUCCUCAACGACCUCCCAUCUGCAUACUGGGCGCUUGAAAGACUGCCAAAAGUGCUGCAUACAUUUGGGCCGAUCAGAGCAUUAGGAGAGCUACUAUCAGCCAUUGCGAGCCGAAACUACGCACAAAUCCCAUUGGAUGCGCGGAAUCUCAUUUCUGUCACCACCGGAUCAUUACAGGGCGAAGACGAGCUUGACUUGGCAAUUAGACCCCUUGUAGAAGAGUUCAUUCGCACCUAUCAAACGCAUCUAAUAAUUGUCCUUGGUCAAGCAUAUGCCUCCCUAAGUAUGGCGGACGCUGCCGUAUACCUCGGCAAAGCCCACCCGGACGCAAAUCCAGCUUUCACCGCCGUGGGUUGGAAGUUCGACGAAGCUACCUCGUGCCUUACUCCCACCCCUACUAUGACCCAAUCCAACGGUGUUAUCUCCGUGCUCGCCCCAUCCGCAGCCCCCUCCACCCUCAUGGACUUCGUCGGCAUUGCAAGCGGCGCAUCGCGGUUGGAGAGCGCUAUCUGA